UUUUUUUGGUCUUUUUGGUAACCAAAUCACUAUCAGAAUGUUCCCUAUGCAGUGUAUGUGUACUAUAAUAUCGACUGGACAUAGAAGUAUCAGAAUAACUUGUUGACAUACUAUCCGGAACCACAUUAUAAUAGAAGUAACUUCCGGGGAUUCCCUGAUCAUUAGAUGUGUAAUUAUAGUUAGGAUUCAUAUAAUUAUAACCUGGAUAACCUCCAGGAUGGUACAUACUGGGCCUAAUAGGUAUGUUCCAUGGUGUAUGGUAAUUUCCUGGUGUAUUAUACUGUAAAUUAUGUCCAAAAGGGUUACUUUCAACCCAGCACUGAUUAGGUGUUAAUUGCUGAGGAACAUCCCAUGUUACUUGUAUACUCCGAUUACUUAAUGUACUGCCAGAAUUGGAACAAACCAAUGGAUUUUUAUUGUCUUUUUCACCUUGUUGUGCCAUUAUUUGCAGUAAUUUCAACACGUUAACAUUCACAGGCUUUAUUGUUAUGACGUUUUUUGGUUUCAGUAGAUUUUUUGUUGCUAUCAUUUAAAAAUGUGUUUUUUAUCCAACCUGGUUUCAUUCUUAUAUUUUCUUUAUGUGGUGAUUAAAUGGUUAGUUUUUACAGUUAUAGUCCAUUUAAUAACAAUUAAUUUAUUAAACACUAAUAAACAGCUGACAUAAUAGAUUAAACUAUUUAUGUGAGGUUAGCUUAAUUUUGACACCUACGUCAAAGUUCUAACCUUACAAAAUGUUCUGUGACAAAAUUGUCAUGUCAAAUUAAUAAUCUUGAUAAAAAAUGCAUAAAUAAGACUGACGAGCUUUAUUUACAGAAACAUACUUAAUAACUAUUGAUAAUUAAUACAUUUACACUAUUUUUCAAGGGUUUCUUUCUCUAAUAAAGAAGAUUUAAUGCCAACUUUUUUCAACUCUUCAAUAAGGUCUCCGGAUUGGUGCAUUUGCAACAAAAUAUCGCACCCUCCUACAAAUUCGCCGUUAAUAUACACCUGGGGAAUCGUUGGCCAAUUAGAGAAGUCCUUAACACCUAAAAAUAACCUAAAAAUAAUAAAACUUAUUUUUUUUUUUAUUAAAACUUACCCUGUCUUAAACUAUCGUCCUUCAAGACAUUGUGGGCGUCAUAUUUAACCCCGUGCAUACGUAAAAUCUGCACUACAGCGUUGCUGAACCCACAUUGGGGCUGUUCAGGCACCCCCUUCAUAAAAACCACAACUUUAUUAUUCUGCACCAAUUUCUCGAUUUCUUUGUUCGCUUGCGUACUAAAUAACUGAGUUAACCGGGCCCCAUUCUUAACUAAUUGAUUAGAAUUGCGGAAAAAAUUCAUUUUCGUUGAAGUUUUUGAAUUAUGUUGGUAGCAGUUGGGGAUUUUUUGUCAUUGAUAUUCUUUGAUCAUUUUGUUAGGUUGGCAGUGUUUUGCAAAUGGUGUCUAAAAUUAUUGACAUGUCGGCAUAUUACUUUUGUAUGGCAUAAAUAUACGCUAUUUUCAGGUUUUAAGGGAGUUUUGAGUGAGUUAAUUAAUUAAUAACUAAAAUUAAUUGGUUAAUGUGCUGGUGUAGUGCUUGAUAGUUUAUUUUGUUCUAGGUUUUUGAAGAAUCCUGAGGAUGUCUUGGCAAAGCUGGCAGAUGCCUCAGGCUCUAAGUUCGAGUGUGGUGCCAGGGGUUAUGAAUCCGGCCCCUCCAGUUGUUAAUCCAGCCCUGCCCGUUUUGCAAGGGCAAGUGGCUCCGGCGAUGCCAGCUAAUAUGCAAUACAGCCCUGAACAAUGGGCCCAGAUGCAGCAGCAAAACUGGCAACAGUGGGCCCAGUGGCAGCAGCAAUAUCAGCAGUGGCAUCAGCAGUACGGUGCAGAGUACCAAAAGUCUAUGGGCGGAUUACCGGUGCAACCGCCCCUGCCGGCGGCGGUACCUGCCAUGGAUGCCGCCCCACCACCGCUCCCUGCCGAACCAAAACCUCCUCUGCCCCCAGAAGACCCCCCUGCAGCGUUUAACGCAUCUGCGGCGCCAUCUUACAACACACCGGCGCCUCCGCCAUCCUACAACACAAUGACGCAGCAACCGCCCCCAAAAAACGCCGGUUACACCACAGCGCCGCCAAGCGGUAACAAUUGGAAUCAAAACAACAAAAGAACGUUUAAUACUCCUGGUAAUUUCGAUAACAAACGGCAGAUGACGGAGAAGUGGGGUAAUCAGUGGGGUAAUAACAGACCCGAUAUGACUCAGGCGCCGCCUAACUUCCAAAACAAACCGCCGAGUUUCAAUCAACCGCCACCGAGUGUAGCGGCCCCGAAACAGAACCCCGAGGAACUUUCUGAGGCGGAGAAGAAGUUCGAUAAAGAGUUCGCGGCGUGGGAGGCACAGUUUAACAAGUGGAAGGAACAGAACGUGAAUCACCCGGAUAAAAAUCAGUACAGGGAGUACGAGAAGAAGUGGGAGUCGUGGAGAAAUUCUUUAUUGGAGAGACGCGAGCAAAUGAGGCGUAAAAGACUUGGUUUGACUGUUAAUAAACCACCCCCGAAAGUAACUCAUGAUAAUUAUACCGCCCCACCACCCGAUAUGAAUUUAAACCAAACACAAGACCCAAAAUUUAAUAAACCUCCACCACAACUAAACAAUGAACCACUAAAAUUCAAAAACCCACCACAAACUAGCUACCCUGAGAUUGAUGACACAGCAGGUGACGAUUUUCUAAAAUCCAACACAUCAGGCGGAAUACCGGGUCUAGAUUUAGUCAAAGACGACGAUCCAGAAUCCUUCAAGAAAAAAGACGACAUUAUAGAACUCGAUAGAGAAGAAAAACGUUUAGAAAACCUCACAAAAAAUAAAGGGCCCGACUUUGAAGCGAUCUCCAAGGGUAUCAACACGAUUUUAGGCGAUCAAAAAAUCCUCAACAUGUUAAAUAUUGUUUCUCAACCCCCAACAACAAUACCAAAUACCCCACUCAUCACAACUUUAAACCACAUCUCGCCCCAGGAAGCCUCAACUUCCUAUCAAGAACAUUCAAGCCAAGGUUUUGAGGAAACCUCGCAGGGUAACGAUUUUUACCCCAACAAUACAAGAGAAGGUGUCAACAAUUUCGACGACCAAACGCGCAGCAGUUUCACUAUGGGCCCCAACGAUCAAGACAUGCGUUUUGAUAGAAGACCUCCACCAAUAUCUGAUAACAACUUCAAUAGAAACCCUGACAAUACCUUCAAUAGAAAUCAGAAUAAAAUACCGUCAUUGAUGUCUGUUAAAACCAACCAGCAGGGAAACAACAGUUUCACUGGUAGCUUUAACAACAGAAACUUGGAUACUCCUGCCAACUUUAACAGAAACUCCGAGAACUUUGCUGGAAGAAACGCGGAUAAUUACAGUGCUAGAAACUCGGAUAACUUCAACAACAGAAACUCGGAUAACUUUAACAACAGGAACUCGGAUAGCUUCAACAACAGGAACUCGGAUAGCUUCAACAACAGGAACUCCGAUAGCUUCAACAACAGGAACUCGGAUAACUUUGGCAGAAACUCCUUCAACAACUUUAACCGCAAUAACAACUUUAACAACCAGGGUAAUAACUUUAACAAUCGAGACUAUCAGAACGACGAAUACUAUGAAGAGAAUGAAGAAAACUAUGAGGAACAAGAUGAGUAUCAGGAAGAAAGCUACAACAAUGAGGAUUAUAAUGAUUAUAACAAUUGGGAGGGUGAAGAACCUGUAAAUAAAGCACCGGAAGAUCCCAAAAUCGUUGAACCUGAACCUGAACCUGAACCGAUUAUUGAUGAUGAACCUGUUUUUGAACCAUCUGUUGUUAUAGAUUAUGAACAUAAAUCUCUAAAGAAACCUGUUGAAGACAUCAUUUUGGAACCCAUACAUAUGUAUGAUUACAGACAUAAACCUCUCAAUAGAAUCCCCUUACCACAAAGACCCCCAUGGCUAUCAAACACCGUCAAAUUUAUACACGAAUUUGACCCCCUCGCUAUUCCAUACGAACGAUCCUUUAUGCCAAGGUAUGAUGUGCGUAGAGCACCACCAGAAUCACAAAAUAGACGUGGUAGUAACAGAUAUGAGAGACCUAACACCAGCAGAAAUUAUAACAAUAGAAACAAUAAUGACAGGCAGAGUAAUAACAAGUACUCAGAUGAAAAAACACCUUCCAAAAAAGACUACAAAGGUCAAAACAACACGGUGGACUUUGAGGAGUUAUCCGACGAAGACAUGAAUUGGGAGGAGGAAAAGCCCUCCUCAAAUUUCAAUGAAGAAAAUAUGUCCACUCAAAAUCAAGAAACAACCGUUCAAAUGUUCAAAUCGAACGAGAGUAAAAAUACUCCCAGAACAAACUUCAGCCAACAAACGGUGAUCGAGGAUUUGAUUUGUAAUCCAGGCAGAUUCAGCAGGCCUCCCAAAAUUGUAAUCAUUUUAAGGGGUCCUUCAGGGAGUGGAAAAACUUAUUUAGCCAAGCUUAUUAAGGACAAGGAGGUCGAAAAUGGUGGUUCAGCACCGCGAAUCUUAUCUUUGGAUGAUUAUUUCAUGGUAGAGCAAGAAAAAGAGGUUAUUGAAGAAGGUAAAGUUAUAAAAGUAAAAGAAAUGGUGUACGAGUACGAAAAAGAAAUGGAAAAUACGUACCGUACAUCCCUUACAAAGUCCUUUAAGAAAACCAUAACAGAUGGAUAUUUUCCAUUUAUCAUCGUGGAUAAUGUCAAUGAAAAAGUAAAAUAUUUCGGGGAAAUGUGGAGUUUUGCCAAACAAAAUGGCUUCCAGGUUUAUAUUUGUCAAUUGGAUCUGGAUCCGCAACUGUGCGCGACCAGAAACAUCCACGGACGUAGCGAGAGGGAAAUAGAAGAUUGCGUGGCGGCAUGGGAGCCCACCCCAGCUCACCACCCCUCGGUGGACGCCUCUGGAUUUAUGCAAGCCACUGGCGGGAUACAGGAGGUUGAAAUGGAAGAGGUUUCCAUGGAGGAAGCGCCUCUUGCAUCCAAGCCAAACGACGACGAGGUAGAGGACCAUGUUAGAAGUAAAUGGGAUAACUUCGACUGUACUAGUAACAAUCUUGCAAAACUCGAUGGCGUCAGCAAGGGGCUCCGCUCCUCCCGCACAAUGGAGGAAUACCUUCAGCUCGAGGGAGAAUCGUGGUCACCGCCGAGGUCACAGAGGCCGGGGAAGAAGAGGGUUCGUUGGGCGGACAUAGAAGAGCAGAAACAGCGCGCCAAGAUGCGCAAAAUCGGUUUCGUUGUGGGACAAACCAGCUGGGGCUCAAUGAUGGACACUACAAGUAGUGAAAGUGCUCUAACUCAAACGAAAUACAUUGAAAGAGUUAAAAAGUAUUAAAUACUUAGUUUUUUUCAGUUUUCUCCCAUACAAAAAUAUAUAUUAUUAGCUAAGGUAAAAAUUUUGUGCAUUUACUAUGUUUUAUUUUGAAAGUAGCUAUUUACUUUUUUUAAUAAUUGUAGAAUGUAAAUAAAUUGAACUUUCACCAACAAA